ACACUAUUAGAGGUUUGCACCAUUAAAUUAACAUUGUCUAUGAUGUAGUGCAGCCAUCAACAUUUGAUACCCUUAGUUAUAUCUGUGCAUUGCGUGGGAGCUGACAUAAAGACACAUCGUGGUACAUGUUUUGAAAUAUAUAGAGAACAUGGAGGCUGUAGGGGAUCGUCUGAAGGUGAUGGUUAAAGUCUUUAGGAGAGAGUGCCACAGGGUUUUCCACUCUGAGAGGACCACCAUUCACGGAGCUGAUGGCAUGCUGAUGUUGCUGCAGCUGGUCAUGGCAGAUGUUAAUAAGCAGCACGGCGGAGAGUUCAAAGUGGCUCUGAGUGAUGUCCUGAUGGCCUGGAAACACUUACUGUUUGACAAACUUCACCUGCCACCCCCCAACAUUGCACGCCUCGAGAACUAUGAUCUCAUCCUGGAGACAUACGAAUCUUUCCUGAAACGCUCCAACACUGUGGACCUGGUUGAUAUCCUCUCCGUGUACAAACAGCUGAGCCUAGUGGACUCAGACCCACAAGAGCCUGUGAGCCCGAUCCAGCUGUUUGAGUUUUUAUCAGGUAACAUGGAUGUCUCAGAGUUACCGUCUUCGGUCCCAUCAACACCAUCUAGUAAAAGCAGGCCCUGCAACUCACAGGUAAAAAUAGCAGUGAGAAGGGUUUUCUGCUCCUAUCUGAAUUUGCUCGUGAAUGCCAAGAACGACAUGGCGCUGGCGCUAACCAUUGACGUCCCUAGCCGCGCUCUUGGACGUCAGGCAUUUACCGCCAUAAAGCACGCUGCACGUAACAACAACACUUCUCUCUUCUUGGCUGUGACAUCUUUUGUGAGGGCCAUCCAGCUCGGAGGGAAGGGCUACGCUCCAGCUGAGUCUGACCCACUGAGGAAGCAUGUCAAAGGCCUGUCUGACUUUGUUCAGUUUCUAGACAACCUGGAAGAAAUACUGGGAGAGAUUCCCGACCCAAGUGUGUGUGGAGCCAGGCUGGUGGCCGCCAUCAGGGCAGUGCUGGUGAAGGGACGCAGCAGCGGAGAUGCAGUGUUCGCUGCAGCUGAGGAGACGACAAAGGAGCUGAAGGAGAGGAUCUGCCAGCUACACCAGAUCCAGAAAGGGAUUGCUAAUGGAAGCGGGACGGGGAUAAGCCCUGCCAGGCCAAAGGCUUACGCGGUCAAUCACUGCACUGCAUACGGAGGUCGGGACACAGUGAAGGUGCUGAUGGCUCUGCUGGAUGAAGAAGCGCUGACUCCUCCGUGUCAGAACAAGGCAGACCUGCUGUCUGAGGACCAGCCCACCCUCAGUGGAGCAGAGGGGACCUGCAUCCUCAACAUGUUCAGAUCCCCUGAAGUGUCUACUGGAUGCUCUCCAGAACCUCUAAAGAACCGAGUCCAGAGCCGCCUAGACCUGCUCAAACCCAAGCCCAGAGACAAAGUCAUUCGAUCCCAGUUUGCGUGCACAUACAAAGAUGAAGAACUGCCACUCAACCGUGUGCUGGAGUUCCCCAGCACCAGCCAGGUCCCUACCUGUGUGCACCCAGCACCCAAACGCCCAACAAUCCCAGCUGUGGAUGAGGAGUGCAGCUCUGAUGUGGAGGAGACAACCAAAGCCAAGUCUACGUCUGAAUGCCCGAAUAAGGAGCAGAACGGCGUGCAGCGGGGGCCCGCUCUUGAACCAAGAAGUGGAAAUGUGCAAAACAGAGGUGCAGGCCCGGGCAAUAGGAAGAAAACCGGCACUCAGAUCCAGAGAAAGGGCAACAAGAGGAAACAGGUGGAUUCGGACCAACAUGGUGGUUCAGAGAACGAGCCUCCACAGAAGAAACUUGUCUUGGUCCAAACGCAGGGCAAGAAUGUCAGUAAGGCCUCGAGUAAGAAGAAGCUGAUAGCUGGGCAGGGAAAGCUAACCAGCUUCUUCAGACUCUAAUAAGGUUUAGUACUGGUUUCAUGUCAGUCUAUAGACCUUCUGUCAAAUGGCGUUCAUACAAAGCAGCUGAAUGUUGUUCAUUAGUUUUCUUCCAAUGACAAAGUAAGUUCCAAAUAAGGCUGCAACUAAUGAUUUUUAGUCCGUUAAUCUGUUCAAUGUUUUAAUUAUUGUUUUGGGGGAAAUAUGCUCAUUUGCUAACUUGCUGAGAGUUGCUGUUAACCCCAAAUUCCAGUUUCUAUGCUAAACUAAGGCUAGCUAAACUGGCUAAUGGUAGCAUUUAACAUACAAACCUACUGUUUGUUAUAACAUGUUAAAUAGCUUGAGUAGAGAUAAUAUUAGGGAUUUAAACUGACCCAGAAUAACACUUUACCCAAGAUUUUCAGUCUUUAUGCUAAGCUAAUUGCCUGGAGGCCGUAGCUUCAUUUGUAGCACACACGAGAAUCUUAUUUAAUCCCAGGAAGAGAGUUGAAUAUGUUUAUACUACAACCCAAACAUGUGAGCCUUGUUGACCCCAAACCCUUCUCAGUUAUAACCGAGUGGGUUUGGGCAAGCUUCGUUCACAGCCCAUUUCCAAAGGGCCGUCACCAACGGACGCCACUCAAACGCCUCUGGGUACAGUUUGAUAGUCCUUCAACCAAUCAGACCAAUGAUCCAGCUGACGUAGCAGCGACAGCAACGGGUUGCUGCGCUUUGGCGGCCAUCGUUUUGUAUGGAAACAAAAAGCUGCUUGCUGUCGUCGUGUAAAACCCGCCUCAGCGGUUGUGAUUGGUGCCUCGAUUUGGAAAAAUUUGGAAACGGGCUCUUGGCCAGACUGACUUGCAGAGCAAAUCUCAAAUUUGACGGAAAUUCGUCAGGGUGUUCCCAGGCUACAAAACUAUUCAUUUAAUAUCUUAUUCUACAAAAUGUCUAAAGGGAAAUCUUUACAGUUGAGAAGAAAUAACCAGCACUUUUUUUUUGCAUUUUUGAUAGAAAAAUUAUGUAAAUUCCUUAUCAAAAUUAUUGCAGAUUAAUCUUCUGUUGAUUAACUGAGAAUUAUUGUUUUCCACACUAAUUUACCCAUUCAGCAGUGAGAAAUGUGUGGCUGCAAUGUGAAUGGGUCAGUUUGAUAGAUCAUUGGGAGAUCUCUGGUCAGUAUUCUGUUUCAUCAAGACAAGGCCUACUUAGUGCUUGAAAGGUAUUUAAAUCACUGGUUGUACAGUUUAUUUAACUUGUAAAAUUCCACAGCAAAAUCAACUGUAAAUAUGAUGCAGACUUUAAAUAAACUUUUAUUUGGUUUUA